GCAUCUGGAGGAUUUUUUUGGCCAACAUUGGCAUUCACUUACACUCUGUGCUUGACCAUUUCGUCGACCAACCCUAACUCGGCUUGCGCGGUUUGAAUAACCUCCUCGAUUAGGCCACUGCCAAUUUGCUGCUCGAUUUCGGAGAUCCUGCUUGGAUUAGCCGCAUUCAUUACAUUCAGCGGGAAAGAACUUUAAAUCCAAACAUACUGCGCUGCUUCAAGAGCUGGUUCUGGUUCCCAUGACAAUUUAGGCUCCAAUUGCUUAUUUGCUUCUUCCUGGGCUUCCUUGACCCGGGCCUCCAUCUCUUGCUCGUUAAGAUAUGCGCCCUCCAAUUGAGGGUUGAACGGUUCUCCGGACCAGUCUUUCUCCUCCUUUGGCUUCUCCUUUUGUUCGUAUGCAGCGUAGGAGCCGUCUGGUCUUAAAGCAGUUUUAUAGGCCUCCGGAUUCUCCGCAACAGCCGCUUUAACUCUCUGAAGCCAAGAAUCGAAACCGGGGGGUUUCACCGACUGGACGAUGUUUAACCGGUGGCGUGUAAGCGCUUCUGUCGAUUGACGAUAUACGGACGAUUCAGGAAUAGUCUUGAGCUUGUCUAGAGUCGUUUGGUACAAGUAGAUGAGAGUUGGUCGGGGACUGGGGUGCGUGUUAAGGCCGGUGAGACCGGUGGGCGCGAACGGCUCUAGGUAUCUGCCCGGCUUAACAUUUGCCAGCAAUCUUAGUGUCGCCCUCAUGAUUGUAAUCUGGAUAAAACAGGCAGCCCUGGAUCAAAUCAAUGGCUCGCCGUGCUGCGGGUUUCAGGCCUCUCCGUCGUCGACGAUGACCGAUGUCUGUGUUGUGUAUUGGCCAGCGGAAGGCCGGUUACGUAAUCGAGGGCCACGAGUCUCGGAACAGGAUUAAUUCGGGAUCCGAGCCUAGAUCUCAGAAGCGAAACGUUGAUCGUUCAGUUCAAGGGGAAGCAGUCGAAAGCAAAACAACCUCCGUUCUAUCCACCGCGCGGCAGAACAGAGGGCUGUUUGGCGUUGCUUAGCAGGUCCUGUCUAUCCUCUCUUUUCCCACGUACGCGGUGCUCACGAAAGUCCGGAAUUCAUUGCGUAACUUGCGUUUCCGGUUCCCCGAACCCAAGUCCAGCUUUCCAACUUCUUCAAUCGGACGAACUUCACACUCAGAGCUGGAGUUUGAGCUGGCCUUGGCCUGGUGGGCCAUUGCAUCUUUCUUCAAUAUGAAGGCCAGCUUUUUGGCCUUCUCCCUCCUUGCGGCUGUCUUCCAGCCAGUGUUUGCUGCAUCACACGGCCAGGAGAAAAGAGCGGACGCCAAACUUGAGAAUGAUGCUUCAGAUAGAACGACAAUAUUUAACGAUGUGCGGGUACCGCCUAUGAAGGAAGUAAAUGCUGCCGGUUUCGAUGAGACUAUCAAGGAUGGAUAUUGGUUUGUCAAAUUCUACUCUCCUUACUGUCAUUUUUGCAAGGCUGUCAGGCCCGCAUGGCAGACUCUUUAUGAAUUUUACUAUACAUCGAAUCCAUUGAAAUCUUCAACUUCGAAACAAGUGCCUAAUCCCGAGUCCUCCCUUAAUUCCUUCCAGGGUUAUUACGACUUUCACUUUGCGGAGAUGGAUUGCGUUGUAAAUGGUGACAAGUGUCAGGAGUUGGAAGUCAAGGAAUGGCCGACUUUUGCACUGUAUCAUGAUGGCAAGCUGGUCGAGAAAUAUGAUGGUGGGAGGAAUAUGGAAGGCCUGAGCCGCUUUGUCGAAAAAUGGUUGGAAUCCAUUAAGCCUGGCUCGCGGCCUAGAGGUGAAAUGAAACUUCCGGAACCUGGUGCCAAGAUCGCUCCCGAGCAACCAAAGGACCAGGAGGGCGCUAUAAUUGGUGAACCCGACAUAAACGCUGGAAGCUCAACGCCUGCCGCUUCCCAGAAGUCAGAUGAUUCUGUAAAACCUGCUGCGCCUGCCCUCCCCGAGAGGAAACAACCUGCUCCCAACCCGCAGGGAAUGUCGGUUCCUUUAACAGCGGAGAGCUUCCAAAAACUUGUUACCACGACGAGAGACCCAUGGUUUGUGAAAUUCUAUGCUCCAUGGUGCGUUCAUUGCCAGGCCCUUGCCCCUGUCUGGAGCCAGAUGGCCAAGGAUUUGAAAGGCAAGCUUAAUAUAGGCGAGGUAAAUUGUGAGGUGGAGAAAAGACUCUGCAAAGAUGCCCGUGUCAAUGUCUAUCCGACGAUGUACUUCUUCCGGGGAGGCGAGCGCGUUGAGUAUGAAGGCCUUCGGGGUCUCGGUGACUUGGUGAAUUACGCGAGGAAAGCCGUUGACGUCGUCGGCUCGGGCGUCCAAUACGUGGACGCUACGGCGUUCAAAAAGAUGGAAGAAACUGAAGAAGUUAUUUUCUUAUAUUUCUUUGACCGCGCCACUACGUCCGAAGACUUUGCUGCGUUGGACCGUUUAACCCUUAGCCUCGUCGGGCGUGCCCGCCUUGUCAAGACCAACAGUACUAUCCUUGCCGAGAGAUUUAAAAUAUCAACAUGGCCCAGGCUCCUUGUGUCGAGAGAUGGUAGACCAAGUUACUACACUGCGCUUGCACCUAAGGAUAUGAGAGACUUCCGUCAGGUCCUCGCAUGGAUGCAGAAAGUGUGGCUACCAAUUGUCCCAGAAAUGACGGCAUCUAAUGCUAAAGAAAUCAUGGAACGAAAAUACGUCGUCCUCGGCAUUCUCAACAGACAGCGAUCCGAUGAAUUCAUACAAGAUAAACGGGAAUUGAAGAACGCAGCACUAGAAUGGAUGGAAAAGCAGACAAAACUAUUCCAACUGGAGCGUCAAGAACUUCGCGAUGCAAAAGAGCUACGGAUUGAAGAAGCUGAUGACCGAGAUGACCAGAGAGCUUUGAGAGCCGCUAAGAAUACACGCAUUACGAUCAAAGAAGACGAUAAGAAGCAAGUUGCUUUCGCCUGGGUUGAUGGUAUUUUCUGGGAUAGAUGGAUCAGAACGACAUAUGGCAUCGAUGUGCGGAAUGGAGAGCGUGUCAUUAUUAACGAUGAAGAGAACCGCCGAUACUGGGACACGACUCCUAACGGAGGCUUUAUCGUCCCCAGCCGGACCUCCAUUUUGGAAACCAUCACACACGUCGUUUCAAACCCGAGCAAACUCAAAUCCAAGUCCACCGUCGGUACCUUUGAGGGUCUUUUCUUUUCUAUCCGUACAUUUACCUUCGCUCAUCCAAUCAUCACCUUUUUAUUAUUCGUCGCUGUUCUUUUCGUCUCGUCCUUUAUUGCUAGAGGCAAACUUCGAAGAGGUAGAUCCGCAGGCGGCUUGUUAGGCAGUGUUGGCGGUAGCUCUGGAGGAUUCUUUCACCUUGACGGAAAAGAAGGCCUCCUUGGUGGAGGCAGUGGAGGUGGUAAAGUCGAUUGACAAACGUGAACUUCGACAUUUACCCAUUCUCCAUAUUAACCUUUUAUACUAUUAUACUUUCUGUGAUAAUAUUGCAAGGUUGAGCUUCUCCCUUUUUCGCUGUUAUAUUUACCUUGCGUGUAGUUUUUUCCAUUAAUCGGGGGUUUUUGAUGUUUUCAGUCAUAUUGUUUUGGAGAUGUAUACGAAAACAUUGAGAAGGCUGGAACAGGAGUAUAAUUGAUGGACCCUUCCUCGUUUUCGCCUUUCUAAUGCAUUUUUUUCAAUUUUCAGCUUUUUCUUCUGUCUGCCCUCCUAUUCCAGUUCCGCGUCUCUACAUCAACGAUUCUCCCUGUCUGGAUCAUCGUGUCUUUAUAGAUAGAGUUCCACCACAACUUAAUGAAUACUGGUCACUGCUUUUG